AAAUGGGAUAACUAAUUAACUACCUACCUAAGUAACUAGUGCUUGGACAGGGAACGUAACCGUCAGAGGACAGCGGUGAUGAGGAUGAGGCGGUAACUCGCAGAAGUUUUUUUUGGGGGGGAGUUUGAUGGUCGGUGACGCUCGAGACACAUGACUGGAACUUUCUCUCUCCUCCUGUGGAAAAUGGCGGCCUGGACUUUCCGGGAGAAAUAAGGAAAAGCUGGAAAAUAAACACCGCAAACAAGUUGAAGGAAGUUUAAUCAGCAACAAUGACGCGUUGGGUUCCAAGCAAAAGGGAGAAAUACGGAGUGGCCAUAUACAAUUAUGACUCCAGGGAGGAAGUGGAGCUUCCUCUGCAGAUUGGUGAUACAGUGCACAUAUUGGAAACCUAUGAAGGUUGGUAUAGAGGAUAUACACAUCGGCGCAAAGCCAAAAAGGGCAUUUUUCCUGCUUCAUAUAUUCAGCUCAAGGAAGCAACAGUUGAAGGCAAAGGGCAACAUGAAACCGUUACACCAAAUGAACUUCCAUUGGUUCAGGAAGUCACGACAACCCUUCGAGAAUGGUCAAGUAUAUGGCGGCAGUUAUAUGUUAAUGACAACAGAGAGAUGUUCAGCCGAGUUAGGCACAUGAUGUAUGAUCUUAUUGAAUGGCGAUCUCAGAUACUUUCUGGAACACUCCCACAAGAUGAGCUGAAGGAACUGAAACAGAAAGUCACUGCCAAAAUAGAUUACGGCAACAGAAUCCUUGAUCUCGAUUUGGUGGUACGAGAUGAAGAUGGCAACAUUUUAGAUCCUGAUCAAACUAGCACCAUCAGUCUGUUUAGAGCUCAUGAGAUGGCAUUGAAACGAAUAGAAGAAAGAAUCGAGGAAGAAAAGUCUCAGAAGCAUAACAUUGACAUAAACAGACAAGCAAAGUUUGCUGCCACACCUUCUUUCAGUCUCUUUGUAACUCUGAAGAAUGUUGUCUGCAAAAUAGGAGAAGACGCCGAAGUCUUGAUGUCUUUAUAUGACCCUAUUAUGUCUAAAUUUAUCAGUGAAAACUACCUAGUUCGAUGGGCGAGCUCAGGUCUUCCAAAAGACAUAGACCGGCUAAACAACCUGAAAGCCGUAUUUACUGACCUUGGCAGCAAAGAUCUUAAAAGAGAAAAAAUUAGCUUUGUGUGCCAAAUUGUCAGAGUGGGUCGCAUGGAGCUGAAGGACAAUAAUACCAAGAAACUCACUACAGGGCUGAGAAGACCCUUUGGAGUGGCAGUUAUGGACGUCACUGACAUAAUUACCGGGAAAGUGGAUGACGAGGACAAACAACAUUUCAUUCCAUUCCAACCGGUAGCAGGGGAGAAUGACUUCCUUCAGACUGUGAUCAAUAAAGUCAUUGCUGCCAAGGAAGUAAACCACAAGGGUCAAGGUUUGUGGGUGACAAUGAAGCUACUGUUAGGCGAUGUUCAUCAGAUUCGAAAAGAUUUUCCACAUCUUGUUGACAGAACCACAGCAGUUGCAAGAAAAAUGGGUUUCCCUGAAAUAAUAAUGCCUGGUGAUGUUCGUAAUGACAUCUAUGUUACAUUAGUGCUAGGGGAGUUUGACAAAGGCAACAAAACAACUUCCAAGAAUGUAGAGGUCACAAUGGUGGUAUAUGAUGAAGAAGGCAAACGCUUGGAGAAUGUAAUUUUUCCUGGUGCGGGAGAUGACGGUAUCUCUGAAUAUAAAUCUGUUAUCUACUAUCAAGUGAAGCAGCCCCGUUGGUUUGAGACGGUUAAGGUGGCAAUCCCUAUUGAAGAUGUAAAUCGAAGCCAUUUAAGGUUCACGUUCCGACAUCGAUCAUCUCAAGAUUCUAAAGACAAAUCUGAGAAGAUAUUUGCAUUGGCAUUUGUGAAGUUGAUGAGGUAUGAUGGAACAACGCUAAGAGAUGGAGAACAUGACCUAAUUGUAUACAAGUGGGAUGCCAAAAAACUGGAAGAUGCAUCACCAUAUUUAAAUCUGCCAGCAACUAAACCUGCGCUUGAGGAGAAAGGCUACACAAUGACUGGGAAAAAUAUGCACAGUUUUGGAAACUUUGCCAUCAGCAAAGACUCAUUUCAAAUUUCUACUUUGGUUUGUUCGACAAAACUCACACAAAAUGUGGAUCUCCUGGGACUUCUGAAAUGGCGGUCAAACACAAAUUUGCUACAGCAGAACUUGAGACAGCUGAUGAAGGUGGAUGGAGAAGAGGUGGUUAAGUUUUUGCAAGAUACACUUGAUGCACUUUUUAACAUCAUGAUGGAGAAUUCUGACAGUGACACUUUUGACACAUUAGUUUUUGAUUCUUUGGUAUUUAUUAUUGGACUGAUUGCUGAUAGAAAAUUCCAACAUUUCAAUCCUGUUCUUGAAACCUAUAUCAAAAAACACUUUAGCGCAACCUUGGCUUACACGAAACUUACCACAGUAUUGAAAAACUAUGUGGACAAUUCAGAGAAACCUAAUGUGACAGACCAACUCUUCAAAGCAAUGAAAUCCUUAGAAUAUGUCUUCAAAUUCAUUGUUCGUUCAAGAAUACUCUUUAAUCAAUUAUAUGAAGAUAAAGGAGAAAGUGACUUUAUGGAUUCCUUGAGACAGCUCUUCAGGUCAAUCAAUGACAUGAUGAGCAGCACUUCAGAUCAAACAGUGAUAGUUAAGGGGGCAGCUUUGAAAUACCUACCGACAAUUGUCAAUGAUGUGAAGCUGGUAUUUGAUCCCAAGGAACUUAGUAAACUGUUUACAGACUUUAUCCACAAUGUUCCACCGGGCAGACUUGUGCGUCAGAAGCUGUACUGUUUGAUAGAAAUAGUGCACAGUGACCUCUUCACACAGCAUGACUGCAGAGACAUCCUUCUACCAAUGAUGACUGAACAACUGAAGUAUCAUUUAGAGAAACAAGAAGAACUGGAAGCAUGCUGCCAUCUCCUUAGCAACAUCUUGGAAGUACUCUACAGAAAGGAUGGGGGACCAACUCAGCGACAUGUCCAGAUAAUUAUGGAGAAGCUACUGAGAACUGUAAACAGGACAGUCAUCUCCAUGGGACGUGAUUCUGAUCUAAUAGGCAACUUUGUUGCUUGCAUGACAGCCAUCCUAAGGCAGAUGGAAGAUUAUCAUUAUGCCCAUUUAAUCAAGACCUAUGGGAAGAUGAGAUCAGAUGUUGUGGACUUUCUGAUGGAGACAUUCAUUAUGUUCAAAGAUCUCAUUGGAAAGAACGUCUAUCUUCCUGACUGGGUUAUAAUGAACAUGAUGCAGAAUAAAGUCUUCCUCCGAGCAAUAAAUCAGUAUGCAGAUAUGCUGAACAAGAAAUUUCUUGAUCAAACAAACUUUGAGCUACAGUUAUGGAACAACUACUUUCACCUUGCUGUUGCUUUUCUCACUCAAGAAUCACUUCAGUUGGAGAACUUCUCCAGUGCAAAACGUGCCAAAAUAAUCAGCAAAUAUGGUGACAUGAGGAGACAAAUCGGAUUUGAGAUCAGGGACAUGUGGUAUAAUCUUGGCCAACACAAAAUCAAAUUUAUCCCAGAAAUGGUGGGUCCUAUCUUGGAGAUGACUCUUAUUCCAGAAACUGAACUGAGAAAAGCCACAAUCGCAAUAUUCUUUGAUAUGAUGCAAUGUGAAUUUCAUUCAACAAGAAGUUUUCAGAUGUUUGAAAAUGAGAUCAUCACCAAGCUAGAUCAUGAAGUGGAAGGAGGCAGAGGGGAUGAGCAGUACAAAGUGCUGUUUGAGAAGAUCCUUCUGGAACACUGUAGAAAGCACAAGUAUCUUGCUAAGAAUGGAGAAAACUUUGUCAUGCUCGUUGUCAGGCUUAUGGAGAGGCUUUUGGAUUAUAGAACAAUCAUGCAUGAUGAAAACAAAGAAAACCGUAUGAGUUGUACAGUUAAUGUACUGAACUUCUACAAAGAAAUUGAGAGAGAAGAAAUGUACAUCCGAUAUCUAUACAAGCUGUGUGACCUACACAAAGAGUGUGAUAACUACACUGAAGCUGCCUACACAUUACUGCUUAAUGCAAAACUCCUUAAGUGGUCUGAACAGCCAUGUGCCGCUCACCUGAAUCAGAGAGAUGGAUAUCAAGCGCAGACCCAAGGCCAACUGAAAGAACAGCUUUACCAGGAAAUUAUCCAUUACUUUGAUAAAGGAAAGAUGUGGGAGGAGGCCAUUUCUCUAGGCAAGGAACUUGCAGAACAAUAUGAAAAUGAGCUGUUUGAUUACGAACAACUCAGUGAAUUGCUGCAAAAACAAGCCCAAUUCUACGAGAAUAUUGUUAGAGUGAUACGAGCAAAACCAGAUUAUUUUGCUGUUGGAUACUAUGGUCAAGGCUUUCCUUCAUUUACUCGGAACAAGAUGUUCAUUUACAGAGGAAAGGAGUACGAGCGACGUGAAGACUUUGAAGCAAGGCUAUUCACUAUAUUCCCCAAUGCAGAAAAAAUGAAGACAACAUCUCCUCCAAGUGAUGACACUAAAAAUUCCUCUGGACAGUAUAUUCAGUGUUUCACAGUACAAACCAUACGUGAACUCCCACCAAAGUUCAAGAACAAAUCUGUCUCGGAACAAAUAUUGAGUUUUUACACAGUGAAUGAGGUGCAGCGGUUCCAGUAUUCAAGACCAAUCAGGAAAGGAGAGAAAGAUCCAGAUAAUGAAUUUGCUAAUAUGUGGAUUGAAAGGACCACUUACGUGACAGCGUACAAAUUGCCUGGCAUUCUAAGAUGGUUUGAGGUGAAAUCUGUCUCAAUGGUCGAGAUAAGCCCCUUGGAGAACGCAAUAGAAACGAUGCAGUUAACGAAUGAGAAGAUCAAUAACAUGGUUCAACAGCACAUGAAUGACCCAAAUCUACCGAUUAACCCUCUCUCCAUGCUGCUGAAUGGAAUUGUGGAUCCUGCAGUAAUGGGUGGUUUCACCAAUUAUGAAAAGGCAUUCUUCACUGAAAGAUACCUGCAGGAGCACCCUGAAGACCAUGAAAAGAUUGAAAAGCUCAAGGACCUCAUAGCUUGGCAGAUCCCAUUCCUGAACGAAGGAGUCCGAAUUCAUGGUGAGAAAGUAACCGAAGCAUUGAGGCCUUUCCAUGAGAGAUUGGAAACCUGUUUCAAACAAUUGAAAGAAAAAGUGGAGAAACAAUAUGGAGUCAAAACAUGUUCUGCAAAUCCAGAUGAGCGCAGAGGAAACCGGCCUCGAUCAAUGGUACGAUCCUUCACAAUGCCAUCAACUCCAAGACCUCUAUCAGUUGCAUCAGUCUCCUCCAUGUCAUCUGACAGUACCCCGUCUAGGCCUGGUUCUGAUGGAUUUAUUCUUGAGCCCCUUCUUCCAAAGAAGAUGCAUUCAAGAUCGCAGGAUAAAUUGGAUAAGGAUGAAGCAGACAAAGACAAGAGAGAGCGAAAAAAGGAAAAAAGGAACAGUAGACAUCAAGAAAUGUUUGACAAAGAAUUUAAAACUACUGAUAUUUCUGGCCAGUCUACAGAGGCGGUGAUUCUCUCUGAAACGAUCAGUCCAUUAAGGCCACAAAGACCAAAGAGCCAGGUGAUUAAUAUAAUGGCACCUGAUAAACGGUUUACUCCAUCACCAAUGCCAACUCCGAUAACUCCCAAAGCCAAGUUAUCUUUCUCCUUACAGCCUGGCCUGAAUUUAGAUCUUAAUGGUGCAGAUAAUCCUGAGCAGACUGGAAUACCACCUCCUCUUCCUGUCAAAGGCAACACUGGUGAUUAUGGAUCUCUGACUGAAAGUCAAGAACUCGCCAUUUCUAUCACACCACCCCCACAUCAAUCAAGGCUCCCGCCACCUCUACCAAGCAAGACGCCUCCUCCUCCUCCUCCAAAGACAACUCGGAAGCAAGCAUCAGUAGAUUCUGGGAUUGUGCAGUACUGACACUAUAUCCAAUACAAAUUCCAGCAUACACUGCUCCCUUACAAAAGAUAGAAAAUGCAGUCUGUCCAUUCUUUUGCCCUUCAAACUGAGGGGACAUACAAAAUGAUUCACCUCAUUUAGGUCUACACAGUCAAAUAAGGAGACAGAAAAUAUGUAAUUUAGCCAACAGAUUCUGCUGCUGAGUUUUAAAUAUUAACUAAUACAUAUAAUGUGCAAAUAAAUUGCUAAACAGCUGAAAUGUUAUAUUUGAAACUUCUUUUAUGCUGUAAAAGAUUGAAAAUGUUGUUUAGUGGAUCAAAAUUCCUGGCAUUUGGUUUGGAGACUUAUUUAAUGACCCAGAUUUAGUGGUCAGUAGCAAAGUGAUGUUGCUCAUCACUAACUUUGAAAGAAGAUGUCCACAAAGAUCUAGUCAUCUCUGUGGCAUGAAUUUCACCUUUCCUGACAUUAGUUUGAAUCUGGUGCCAAGUAAAGAAAUUCUCCAGGUGUGCAACAACAGUGAUAACAUCAAACAGGGUAUGAUGUGGCAGCCUUCCGCCUCGUAAGAUGAUGGUUUGCGCCAUGAUGGCCAACUCUGUGCCAAGCAUUGCCUGGUGUGGCUCAGGAGCCUCAAUCUGGCAUGGCAGUCCCUGCUCCAUUUGCUGCAGAGGAAAACAGUGGGCUGAGAAGGUGCACAAUUGACCGGCCUCUGUUUUCUCCAGGCCCUCUUAGCCGGUUUUGUUUGUGCUCACCUUUUCCAAUGCCCUUCCAAACAGUCUACAUCCAGAAGUCUCAGCUGUCAGUGACUGUCUCCCAGUUAUCAUUGUCAGUAUCUGCCAUCUUCAUAUCUCACUUGCAUGUGUCCAUGUAGCGGAGGUAUGAAUGCCCAGAGGCCGUGCUCAGUAGCCAGUUCAGAAGGUCUUUGGAUAUAAAACCAUCAUCCAUCUAAUGAACGUGGCUGAGCUAGUGCCGAUGUUGUUGGCUUAGCAAUGAGUGUAGGCUGAUGAAACUAAUACUGUUCAGGACCUCAGAAUUGGUGACCUUGUCCUGUCAAGAGAUUCUGAUGAUAUAUCUGAGACAGCAAAGUGGAAACAAUUCACCCUUUUCUCCUGCCUAGAAUAUGUUGUCUAGGUCUCACCACUGUAGAGGAGUGUGCUGAGGAUGCAAGCUUGGUAAACUCACAGUUUGGUGUUCAGUCAGGUUGCUGUCGUUCCACACUCUCUUAUUCAGCUUGGACAUAACAGCUGCAGUUUUUGAAAUGUGUGUGUUGAUUUCAGCAUCAAAUGACAUAUUGCUAGUGAUUGUGGAGCCUAGGUAUGUGAAGCUAUCAACCUCCAGUGUCAUAUUGGUAAUGCUGAUAGAUGGUGGUAUGACAACAUCCUGAACCAUAACAUUUGUCUUUCUGAUGCUGAUGGUCAAACCAAACUCUUCACAGCUUGAGGAAGUCUGUCCAUCUGCUGCAAAAAGACCCUCUGAAAAAACAGGGUAAACAGCCAGUUACAUUGAAGUAAUCUUACAGCAACCAGCCAGGAAGUAAAAUGCACUGAAUAUCCUUCAUUUAUUUUAAUAUCGCAGAGAGUGAAGUAAAGAUUGGGACAUACAUAUUAAAAGCUGAAAUAUCUUAAAAAUCAAAGGAAUUCAUUAUAUUAAAAUCUAGGAAUUUUGAUCAGAAUGGAAAAAAAAUUGACAUUGCACAGAUAUAAAAUUAGUUAUCCAAGGCGAGAGAGGCUCUUCAUCAGUAGAUAUGACUUAGUAACCGUUAAAAAAUAAUUUACACCUCAUUAGCAAGGUGUAACAUUUUAGGGGGUUUUAACAGCAAUAUUACAGUAUAAAAGAGGAAUUUCUCAUAAGUUCCGUGAUUUCUAACUGGUUACAGUCUGCAGGGACUUCAACAGUGCGCCCUAUGGAGAAGCGUGGAAUCACUGACAGCAUCUUCUAGAUUUCAGCGUUUAACUUCGCAUGUGCGGAUUCCAGAAGUUGUUAUCAGUUUCAUAGGAGUAAUGACAGCAAAUGCUGACACUUUCACCAUCAUUACCACUGCAAAAUCCAGACCAAUGACUCUUGCGUUAGAAGCACAUGAAUAUAUUACUUUUCUUGGUUUCAGUUUAUAUAGUUAUUCAACAGUUAAUUCAUUCUCAGAUAUGAAAUUUUGCUUACUUUUCAAAUAAGACGGGUAAAGUAAUAGUCUUUGAUGAAACAAAUUACUGCUUUGUCCAUGGAGUGUAAUCAUUAUGUACAGAAGUUUGUAUAUAUAUAUGAAGCUGAAAAUUUUAAAACUCGUUUUAUGGUGUCAACAUUUAUUACAAUUGCUUAGUAUAAUUCUGUCAUGGAUUUAUUCCUAAUAAGAGCUUUUAGAUUUUGAAGCUUGUUGACUGUAAACUAUUGGUCAUAUUUUGCUAAAAGAUCAUGUUUUUGUUUUAUUUAAUAGGGUCAAAAUGGGAAAUGGAAAUGCCAACUAACUCUAUCUUCAGUUCUUUUGUUAUGAUCUAAUGACUUCUAAAAUGUAAUUUUUAGCCUUUCCUGUAAUCAUGAUAUGAGUGAUUAAUCAAUUCACUACUGAUUCCCAAAAUAAAAACAAAAGUGUUAAAAGUU